AAGCUACGGCCAAGGUGCACGAUGCUUUGGUCUGUUUGGCGAAAUUUGGUGAAACGGUUUGUAUGGAAGCUCGUGGCGAUAUGUCAUUCUUUUUGUCUUAUGACUUCGGUUUGGGACAAGGAGCUAGAUUCACAUGUCAACUCUACAACAAGGCUCUUCUUGCUGUGUUCAAAAGCCGCAUAACAGAUCCUCGUGGUGGUGAUACAUCAAUAGACCGAUGUGAAGUCAGUGUGGAAGAUAAGCCGAACAAGGUACAGUGCCGUCUGAUCGUCAAGAUGGUUUGCAAGCAUGUAUCGCACGCCCUCUUUGACAAAUACAACGCACCGAAUGGAUGGAAGAUCUCUUCUCGUAUACUCCGCGAAUACAUCGAGUUCUUCGGAACGAAAACAGAACAGCUUGAUUUGCUAGUCAAAGAGGAAAAAGCCAUCUUCACCAGCUUUACAGAGAAGAUUAUGGACGGGAAAGGUAUGGAAGUCCUGCCGUGCCGGAAGNAAAUCCUCAAGCAACCGCUAGAAACAGCUAUAUCUCUACACAUUCAGGACUUUGAUGACUUUCACGCUGAAGAAGACGUUCACAUAGUCAUCAAUGUCAAAGACUUCAAGGCCAUCGUAACACACGCCGAGACUUCGAAGACAUCAAUGUCUGCUCAGUUCUCUCGUCCUGGAAGGCCAUUGCUGUUCAGAUAUACAGACAAGGGACUGACUUGUGAAUUCGUACUGAUGACAACUGGUGUCGCCCAAGCUGUUCCGCCUGCAACAGCACCAAAAGUGGCAUCCACCCGCCCAGGUGGUCAAGCUUCGAGGCAACCUUCAGCUGCACCACUGCGACCGUCAAGACAAUCGACGGUAGAUUCGGACGCGUCGACGAGACAGCCAUCUGUGGCAUCAGGCAUGCCUUCAAGGCAGUCUUCGCACGCGGUGAUACAGACUGUCGAAGGCAGAAACACUGAAAUGGCACCUCCACCAAGACCUGCUUCUGUUGUCGGUCCGCAGCGACGGGUUCUGGGUAGUUUCGGACGUCAAACUUUUCAAGCUACAACGACUUCAAACGUGGACCCCGACCCUGAAAGUCUGUUCAUGCCGCAUGGCGACCAAGAUGACAGGAGGUUCGAUCCAGCGGAUUUUGACCCAGAGCCAGAAGAGGAGAUGCUGGGCUGGGACGCCAAUGCAGAUGUCCCAGAGUCUCAACAGAAGCACACAAGGUCUACCACCUACGCAGAGGCUUUCUCAGGUAAUUCUGAUGUUGCUCUACGCAAUCUUGUGGCUAACUCAUAUCGCAGA